AUGUAUUUGGGCCAUCAAAUUAUUCGGACGCUACCAACCUCUAAGUCUUCAACCAAUCCAAACUAUUCGGUUGAGUCCACCAACUUAGUUCAAGCUGGUUCUUCAGAAAGUGAUACUUCCUUGUCUGUUCGGCAACAACCAACAGCUAACUUAAAAGUAGAUUGUAAACCUAAUAAUCAUGAUAAUUUGAGAAGUAACCUUAUCGAUGAAUUGCGCAAUAGCACAUAUCAGUGUAUGAUAUGCAUUUCAGAAAUUCGUGUUACUGACCGAAUUUGGUCAUGUGCUACGUGUUAUCACAUUUACCACCUAUCAUGUAUCAGGUCUUGGGCCAAAAAAUCAUUCCAGGAACCUAACAUCGAGUCUGGUUCAUCUUCCGUUUGGCGCUGUCCAUCUUGUCAAACAAAUUAUGAUAUGUCUCCCCAACUAAUUUCUUACCGAUGCUUUUGUGGACGCACUGAAAAUCCUGAAUUUCACCCUGCUCGUUUUACAAUACCACAUGGUUGUGACCAGGUUUGCAGUAAAGUGAAACGUAUAACUUUUGCAUCCAAUUUGUCUGAUUAUCAGUGCACCCAUCUUUGCACAGAACUUUGUCAUCCAGGUCCAUGCCCUCCAUGUUUAGCAACUAUCACUUUGAGUUGCCCAUGUGGAAAAUCUCAACGUCCUGCUACUUGUGGUGAUCCUAAUCUUCAACCUUGUGGUCAAAUAUGUGAACGUCAGCUUUCAUCUAAUUGUGCAACUGGUUUUCAUACAUGUUUAUUAACUUGUCAUUAUGGUUCUUGUAGUCCUUGUCAGUGGAUGAUUGAAACAGGUACAAUAUAUAUUGUAUUUUUGUAUUGA